AUGAAAAGACUUGACGUGUUUUCAAUGCAAAUUGUCACAAAAUACUUGGUAAAUUACACCGACUUUAUUAAUGUUGUUUGUGUGUCCAAAAAGUAUCAGUACGUGCUUGAUAGAAUCAGAAUCAACCCAAUACAGAUAACACCAAACAACAUGAAAUUAUUCCCAAAUAUCCAAACACUGAAUUUGUUUUCUCCAUUCGAUAUUCAACUCACAAACACAACAAUCGAACGACUCCAAUUCUCUUAUCCUAUUUCUUACGACAAAUAUUUGGAAGAGAAGAAACACUUUAAUAUUUGUCAUUUUGUGAAAUACACAAAAACAGACAGAGAAAAGUGUGGCAACACGAUCCCACAAAAUCUGUAUUGUAUCGACAACAACUGUUUUGAAGAUUGCGAACAACAAGUGAUAAAGAUCCCAUAUAGUGUCCGAGUUAUUUUAGAUGAUGCUUUUGAAUACGCACACAUCCGAGAAAUUGACAUACCUAACUCGGUAACAUUUCUUGGUGAUAACGCGUUUGAUGGAUGCACUAAUUUAACACAUGUGGCACUUCCAUUUUCACUCAAAUACAUCCCUCCGCUUACUUUCAACAGAUGCGUGUCUUUAAAUAAAGUUGACAUACCGUCAUCUAUCACUGGGUUUGGUUGUGAAUGUUUUGGUCGGGGUUGUGGAAUAGAGUCCAUCGUCGUCACACCAAAUAUUUGUGUUUCAUUUGAUGCAUUUGAAUACUCCAAUUUGAAUCACAUCGAAUUUGUUGGGCAAUCAAUCAUAGCAGAUAAUGUGUGCAACCACUGUUUGUUAUUGAAAAGUGUAAAAAUGGACACCACUGUGAAGAUUAUUGGAAGUUACUCCUUUUAUCAAUGUGAAAAACUUGAAGAAAUUGAUGUCCCGUCAUCACUUCAAAUCAUCGAAAAUUCCGCUUUUAGAAAUUGCACUUCUUUACGCAGAUUUUUAAUUCCACAAGGGUUAUUGUAUAUGGAUUCAUUAGUAUUUUAUAAUUGCUCCAGUUUGGAAGAACUGAAUUUUCCAGAAAGCACCAAGUUAUGUGGUAUUGAUACGUUAACCAAUUGCACUAAAUUAAGUGCACUGACACUUCCAAAUUUCAACCGCAAAUUGACAUUUGCGACCAAUAAAGACGAAGAGCAAAUAGUUAAUAAAUUUGGGUAUACUGCACUUGAUGUUGUUAUUGAUGUUGAUGACGAAUGUCCUCCAAAUUACACCAACGAAGAAGAUAAAAUUGCAGACGAGAAAUUACAUGAAGUGAAAACCAAUUCAAAUUGCAAUGAAGUUGUGUUGUACAACCUCGAACAAUGUAAAGUGUUUGAUUUUCAUGAGGCAGAAAAAAU